GACAGCAGCAAUGGGAGGCCGUACAGGGACCCAUGACACACUCUGGACCUGGCAGCAGCAGGAGGAGGCGGUACAGGGGCCCAUGACAGAUUACGGGCCUGGCAGCAGCAGUGGGCGGGCGGUGGAUGCAGCAGUAUUCGGAAGCCAAACACAGGCCUCGGUUAAAAAGCGGAAGCCGUCAGCAGCGUGAGCAGACGACAGAGGCACAUGGCGCAGGGUGGCGGUGGAGGCAGCAGCAAUGGAAGGCCAUACACAGGCCUAGGUUUAAAAAGCGGAAGCCGAAGAAGAGGAUGAUGAAGAAGAAGAAGAGGAUGAUGAUGAAGAAGGAGAAGAAGAAG